AAUGUUACUGAAAAUCCGCGCUUGCGUUUUAAGAACAAGAUGCGUAAUCUGGUAGAAGAGACCGGUUUGCGGAGUCCAGCGCGAAAUGUUACUGAAAAUCCACACUUGCGUUUUAAGAACGAGAUGCGUGAUUUGGUAGAAGAAGAGUAUGAAAUAAACGAACAUUUCACCACCAGUACAGUGUCUAACGAUCGCGACAAAGAUAUGAUUCUGAAUGAUCGAGUGUUCUAUGUCCACUUUCUCCUUACAUGUAAAUGGUGUAAUGUCAGAAAAGUCCGUUACAACGACGUUGAACGAACUUCGGCCGUUAGUAGGAUGUACGAUGUCCAAGGAGUAAUAGUUACGAAUAUUGGAUUUACUGAGAAAGCUAUCAUGGUGGCGAAAGAACAUGGAGUGAUUCUUGCUAUGCCAAACACGCUUUUAAAUAAGCUUCAGUUUCGAAUUAGAAAUGUGAUUGACAACAUUGACACAGAGAUUCUUCUCGAAGUUACAGAAGACGAAGACGAGGAUUAA